GUCCAUUCUUUUCAAAUAAUAGUAGGAAAAAAAAAAAGUAGAAAGAUGAAGGUUUCUGGUGCUAACAAUAAGAUCCUGCCACUUCUGGUUUUUGUGCUGGUAGUGACAGGUUUAGUGGAGCAAGGGAAAGGGCAUGCUUGUCCAAAUACUUUCUUCUCAGCACUUGUUCAAAUGAUACCUUGCAGGGCAGCAGUUGCUCCCUAUAGCCCAAUUCCACCAAGUGACGCUUGUUGCAAUGCUGUAAAAUCUCUUGGCCAACCUUGCCUUUGUGUGCUUGUAAAUGGCCCUCCAAUUUCUGGUGUUGAUAGGAACAUGGCCUUGCAGCUGCCUGACAAGUGCACUGCCAACUUUGAACCAUGUCAAAUUACUAAGAAGUAGGUGCACAGAGCUGCCUGAGUUAAUUUCUAUGGAGAGUAGUAAUGAUGCUAGUAAUAAGAGGAUCAAAGUUAAAAUUAUAUAUGUACUGAAACCACUGGUUUUAGCCUUAGAUUUGUUUUUUUUCCCUCCUUUUAUUUGUUAUUUCCUUUUCCUUCUAUGUAGUAGAAUCUUGGCCUAUAACAUAUGAAUAAUGAAUGCUUUCUUUCUUCUA